AUGCACAUCACCUGUCUUCCCGAAGAAGUCCUCUCCCAAAUCCUCUUCUAUGCCGCCAAGGCAAACGAAGCAGAUGGACCGACCUUCUCAUACGGCCUGACCGAAGUGUCUGCUACGUCCCUGUUGGAGCCUCACAAAGCUCGACCGGCAAAAUAUGUUCGAGGCUAUCACAGCACACAAGACUUGCGAUGGCACAGCUCGUCCGCUAUCCGUCAAGUGUGCGCAUCAUGGCACGCUUGGGGAUUGAAGUACUCCCUCGAGCAUUUGAUGAUUCAGAUGUGGCGUGGUGAGGAACGCUGGCUGGAGCUUCCCCGACACAUCAAGCAAUACAGCUCCUACGAAAUCAUGCCUCGACAGCUCGGUCAUGUCGUUUGGUGUCCCGGACACACCAGCAUUCAGGUCACCGACAAGCUCUUGAUGACACACCCUUCCAUCGGAUCGAACAUCCGACGAUUGUGGUUCAACGGAUUGCACCUGGCCAAGACUGACAAGCAAAUCAUGUCGAUUGUUGCCGAAUGCUCAGAGUUGCGAUUCUUGAGUGCACCUUGGACGAUCCUUCGACGAGGCACUCCACAGGAGUGGCGCAAGCUGUUGAAGGCAGACACAUCUUCUCCACUUCACUCUCUGGAGCUGCAGAGUGUGUGUCUUCGUGCUUACAAGGCCGAAGCUCUCGAACAAGAAACGGCAGAGAUCAGCCCUUUGGAAGAUCCAAUGGUGGACUUCAGCCAACUCAAGCGCCUAAAGAUCUUCGGUAACACCCUCACCAAACCCAUCAAUGACCAGGACCUCGCCCUGAUCGCCCGCACUGCCACCGGGCUCGAAUCCAUCGACAUCUCCAACAACAGCACCACCACCCUCGCCGGCCUCCUCACCCUCGCCAACGCCUCUCGUUCGACCCUCCAGGUCCUAGAACACAGCCCCCGCUCCUCCGACGGCUUCUUUCACCCGCACCCGGGCAAUCUCCCUGCCGACCAACACCUCUGCGCCACCAUCAGCAGCCUGCCCCGCAUGCGCGACCUCUCCCUCAGCGUCCCCUACCUCUGCCACGAAUUCUUCACCAACACGAACGUCGCCUGGACAGGCGAAUGCCAAGUCCGCACUAGCAAUCUGUGCUCCUGCGCCGAAGGCCCCGCCGGCAGCGCCCCGCGCGCUGCCGAACUCCGCCGCAUACUGUCCUCCGCCCGCACCCUCAUCGCCGAACGCGCCCGUCUGCGCGGCCGCCUCUCCCUCGAGCUCUUCUUCGACCACUGCAUCUUCGAUCCUGAGAAGCGCGUCGUCCACGGGGAUUUCGUCCUGGCGCAGAUUUCCUCCCAGGGUCAAUGGCCCGGUCGUCACGAGUCGAGCACCAAGGGUCCCUACGGCGCUUCGGGCACUUAUGGCAAGAACGAUGGGCCCUGGGAGGUUGUCACCGAAGAGGAAUUCUUCGCGGCCGUGGAGAAGGGCUGGAUUUCUCUCUGA